AUGGACAAACCACCACCCUCGGGAUCCAAAUCCUCCGACCAAAAGCAGCACCAAGUGACCGGGGACGAUGGAGAUAAGUCUCCCCCACCCUCGGCACGCACCGGGACCAGAUCGGUCGGCGGCAGUUCUUCUGCUGUGCCCCGCGGUGCCCGCGGUGGCGAUCCUUCUCCUCCCCCACCCCCGGCGGGGAACCCUAAGGGUGGCGGCGGAGUGGGAAAGAGCACGAAGCCGCUGAGCAUGCAGGGGAAACAACCAGCCACAGGCCGUUCCUCCGCCACCGCUGCGGGGUCUCCUCCAGCCCCGAGCGAGAGCCCUAAGGGUGGUGGCCAAGGGGGCAAGAGCAAGAAGAUGCUAAGCGCGUGGGGGAAACAACCAGCCAUUCUCACAGGCGGUUCCUCCACCGCCGCUUCGGGGUCUCCUCCACCACCGAGUGAGAGCUCUAAGGGUGGCAGUAAAUGGGGAAAGAACAUGAAGCCGCCGAGCGAGCGGGAGAAACAACCAGCCCUUUCCACAGGCGGUUCCUCCGCCACUGCUGCGGGGUUUCCUCCACCCCCGAGCAAGAGCCUACAAGGCGGGAAAGCAGAAGAAGAGGGCCUCAAAAAGAAGAGGAAGAAGGCAGCGUUCGACGCUCCGGAAUAUCCGACGCCAUGUAGCAUCUGCGGUAGGCCGUUCAGCAGUUGGAAGGCACUCUUCGGACACAUGCGCACCCACAAGAACCGGCAGUGGCGGGGCGCCUACCCACCACCAAUAUCCCCCCCGAGGCAGCAGGUGGCGGAGGAACUCGCAUCAAGCCUGCUUAACAUCGGUCAGAGGAUUCUGGCCGCAGAAAAGGGAAAUGAAGCCGAGGGCGAGGGAAGCGCUGCGGCUGAGGGAAGCGCUUCUUCCUCAGCCGAGGAGUCUCGUAGAAAGGAGAUCCAUAUGCAGUUGGAUCUCAACAAGAAGGCUCCUGAGGGUAGCGACGAAGAGGGUGAUGGCGAGGGCGACAACGCUGGCGCGUAA